AUGGCGGGCGCUGAGAAAUUUUACCACCCGUACGAGCCGUAUGACAUUCAAUUGCAAUUUAUGCGUGCGCUGUACGACUGCAUCGAGCAAGGUAAAAUCGGCGUCUUCGAGUCUCCCACUGGCACUGGCAAAUCUUUAAGUCUGGCAUGCGGCUCAUUGACAUGGCUACGUGAUCACAAGAGGAAAGAAUUCGAUGAGAGUAUAGCUAGCAUAGAAGGAGAUGACGACGAGCCCGAAUGGAUGGUCCAACACUCUCGAGAAGAAAAGAAAAACCAAGUCAUCCAGAAGCGAGCAGAACUAGAAACCAAACUCGAAAGAAUCCGCCAACACGAGCGCAAGAUCCGGGAUCGACAGGAGAAUGGACCACCACUGGCCAAAAAGCGAAAACUCGAUGACGAUAGUAGUAAGGAUGCCGAUAUCCUGGACGACGAACAAUUUGCUUUAGACGACUAUGAGAGCGACGAUGAAGGCACCAAGACUUUAACAGCCAACAACGGCAAUACCGAACUAGGCCUAUCAAAAGAAACACAAGCACUAAUGCAGAAACUCGGAUAUGGCAUCUCCGUGCUACCCAAAGCAGAGGACAUGGAAGCAGAAGAUGAGUUGAAGAUUUACUUUUGCUCACGCACGCAUUCUCAAUUGAGUCAAUUCGUCAAUGAGCUACGAAGAAUAGACUUGCCAGCUGCUAUCCCAGCCAUACAGGAAGAGAUCAAGAAGAAACCAACAUUAUCCGAGGAAUUGAAACACCUAUCUCUAGGCUCAAGAAAGAAUCUUUGCAUCAAUGCUAAAGUGUCGAGUUUGAAGAGCAUGACAGCAGUCAAUGAACGUUGCUUGGAACUACAGGAUGCAAAGACUCCAAAGGAGAAGAAAUGUCCGUUUGUACCGAACAAGGAGAAUGAAGGCUCGGUGUUAGAUUUCCAACAUCACGCUCUGGCGAAGAUACGGGACAUCGAGGAUUUGGGUGUUCUGGGCAAGAAGUUGAGCGUUUGUCCUUACUACGCCACUAGGCCUGCGGUCAAGCCUAGUGAGAUUGUCACACUUCCAUAUCCACUUCUGCUCCAAAAGACGGCUCGAGAAGCCUUGGGCCUGUCGCUGAAGAACCACAUCGUCAUCAUCGACGAAGCUCACAACCUCAUGGACGCAAUUUCAGGCAUCCAUACCGUAGAAGUCAGCCUGCAACAAUUCCACCUCGCCCGCGCUCAGCUAACCACCUACCUCCAACGCUUCCGCAAUCGCCUCAAAGGCAAAAAUCGCGUCUACAUUACCCAAGUGGUGCGACUACUCGACUCAAUAUCCAGCUUCUUACAAUCACUAGAUGCCAAGAAGGGAGCCGAAGGUGUGUUGCAAGCUACAGAUUUGCUGAAAGGCAAAGGUGUGGAUCAGAUCAAUCUCUACAAACUGAUGCAUUACCUACAAGAAAGCAAGUUGGCGAGGAAAGUCGAGGGCUACGUUUCUGUUGAGCAGCAGAAGCAGCAGAAACUUGACAGCUCUGGUUCUACAAAGGAGGUUACAGUGCUGGUGCUUACACAUAUUACCAACCUGUUUAUGGUGUUGACGAACCCAGCUAAAGAGGGGCGUUUGUUUUAUACCGUUGGCGAGGAAAAGACGCAGACGAAAGUAAAGUACAUGCUCCUCGACCCUUCGGAGCACUUUCGCGACAUUGUCGAAGAGGCAAGAGCGGUGAUUUUGGCAGGAGGAACCAUGUCUCCAAUGUCCGACUACAUGACCCAACUAUUCCCUUACCUCGACAAGACACGCAUCACAACACUUUCCUGCGGUCACGUAAUCCCCACCACCAAUCUCUUCGUCAGCCCAGUGGUAUCUUCCCACAACAACACCGACUUCACCUUUAGUUUCUCAUCCCGCAACCUCGCAUCCACAAUGACCGCACUCGGCGACUCGAUCCUUAGACUCUUACCUUCCAUCCCUCACGGCUGCGUCGCUUUCUUCCCCAGCUACAGUUAUCUCGAGCAAGUAGUUUCGCACUGGCAAUCCACUGGUCUCUGGGCAAAGAUGCAAAAGGCCAAGACUAUAUUGAAAGAAACGCAACAAACAGGCACAGAAGAAGUCCUAGCCGCCUAUACAACCGCCGUACACAGCUCUCCUCGCGGAGCAUUCCUCCUAGCAGUCAUCGGCGGCCGCCUCAGCGAAGGCAUAAACUUCUCCGACUCCCUGGGUCGCUGCGUGAUGGUCAUUGGCCUCCCCUACGCCAACCCAAACACCGCAGAGCAAAAAGCCAAAACUGCCUACGUUGCCGAAAAGGCCAUUGCAGCUCACGGUGCAGCAGCAGGCGCAACAGCAGCGAGAGAUUUUGCAGACAACACGUGCAUGCGAGCAGUCAAUCAAGCGAUCGGAAGAGCGGUGCGCCACAAGAAUGAUUGGAGUGCGAUUUUGCUGUUUGAUGGCAGAUAUACGCAAAAAAGGAUUCAGGACAGGUUGCCCGGGUGGAUCAAAGCGAGUUUGAGGGAGGGCAGUGGAAGAGGGUUUGGUGAGGUUGAGAAAGGGUUGAAGGAGUUUUAUGCCAGGAGGAUGGCUGGAUAG